AUGCGGCCCUCACACUUCCUAUGGACGUUCCUGUCCCUAAUGACAGUCGCCCAUGCGGCUCACACGUCCAACUGGGCAGUCCUGGUGUCGACAUCGCGCUUUUGGUUCAACUACCGUCAUCUAGCCAACACGUUGUCCUUAUACCGAACGGUCAAACGACUAGGGAUCCCGGACUCCCAGAUCCUCCUCCUUCUUCCGGACGACAUGGCAUGUAACCCGCGAAAUGCCUUUUCCGGCACCGUGUAUUCGAAUGCAGACAGACGCAUGGACCUCUACGGCGAGAACGUCGAGGUCGAUUACCGCGGUUAUGAGGUGACGGUCGAGAACUUCAUUCGGUUGUUGACCGACCGGUGGGAAGAAGGCGUCCCUGCCAGCAAAAGACUGCAGACGGACGAAGGAAGCAAUAUCUUGAUAUACAUGACGGGCCACGGCGGGAGCGAGUUUCUCAAAUUUCAGGACAGCGAGGAAAUCUCCAGCUGGGAUCUGGCGGACGCAUUUUCACAGAUGCGCGAAAAGAAGAGAUAUAAUGAGAUGUUGUUCAUGAUCGACACUUGUCAGGCCAACACACUGUAUCGACAAUUCUACAGCCCUGGAAUUAUUGCAACCGGUUCUUCGGAGGAAGAUGAAAGCUCAUAUUCUCAUCACGCGGAUAACGAUGUUGGAGUCGCGGUCAUUGAUCGCUGGACUUAUUAUGUUUUGGACUUCCUUGAGACACAGGUGACAGGGCCGACGUCGGAUAAGACUCUAGGCGAUCUCUUUGACAGCUACGAUGUCGACAAGAUUCACUCGAACCCGGGAGUUAGGUGGGAUCUCUUUCCUGGCGGAGAACAGGCCGGCCGAAGCCGAAGAGUGGUUGACUUCUUCGGAAAUGUUCAGAAUGUCGAACUCCAGGGUAACAAGUCAAGUGUGGAGCGUUUGGAAGAGGACCUUGAAGGCUUGAAGCGGCUGGUCCAAGAGUAUCAGACAUUUGCUGCCGCUCAAGAAAGCAACAAGACGCAAAUGGACGAUGUGAUGGAUCAGCGAACUGCGAAAGUGAGCAGACAACACAAGAGAUCCAUGUCCAGUCAUAAUUCUCUCGGUAAAUUGGACACUUCGGAGACCACCCAGUGGACUCGUCGUAUCGGGGGUGCCACAGUUCUUUCAGGACUCGCCGCACUGUGGUAUUUUGCUCCCAAGCUUGUGUGA